GGGGGCGCCUCCCGCCCCGCCGACGGCCACCCGCGGCCUCCGGCCGAGCCGCUUGCGCCCGGAGACGUCUUUAUCGCAGUCAAGACCACCAAAAAGUUUCACCGUGCGCGCCUUGACCUGCUACUCGAAACCUGGAUUUCGCGCCACAAGGAGAUGACAUUUAUCUUCACCGAUGGGGAGGACGAAGCCCUGGCCAGGCACAUGGGCAAUGUGGUCAACACUAACUGCUCCGCCGCCCACAGCCGCCAGGCUCUGUCCUGCAAGAUGGCUGUGGAGUACGACCACUUCAUCGAAUCUGGGAGGAAGUGGUUCUGCCAUGUGGACGAUGAUAACUACGUGAACCUGCGGGCUUUGCUGCGGCUGCUGGCCAGCUACCCGCACACACAGGACGUUUACAUAGGCAAGCCCAGCCUGGACCGGCCCAUCCAGGCCACCGAGCGGGUCAGCGAGAACAAGGUGCGUCCUGUCCACUUCUGGUUUGCCACUGGUGGGGCUGGCUUCUGCAUCAGCCGUGGACUGGCCCUGAAGAUGAGCCCAUGGGCCAGUGGGGGCCACUUCAUGAGCACAGCCGAGCGGAUCCGGCUGCCAGAUGACUGCACCAUCGGCUACAUCGUGGAGGCCCUGCUGGGUGUGCCCCUCAUUCGCAGCGGCCUCUUCCACUCCCACCUGGAGAACCUCCAGCAGGUGCCCACUUCCGAGCUCCACGAGCAGGUGACCCUGAGCUAUGGCAUGUUUGAAAACAAGCGGAAUGCCGUCCACGUGAAGGGGCCCUUCUCAGUGGAGGCUGACCCAUCUAGGUUCCGCUCCAUCCACUGCCACCUGUACCCGGACACACCCUGGUGUCCCCGCACUGCCAUCUUCUAGCAGCCAAGGCUAAGACCCCGUCCCUGGGCGUCCCUGGUAUCCAAAGGGCCCAGGGACACCUGUUAUGCUGCCCUGGCCUCGGCAUUCGAGGCUCCCAGGGCUGUGCGUGUGUGUGAACUGUGUGCUCACCCAGGUAGCAGACUGCUGGGCAGUUCUGCUGUGCAAAGUGGGCAAAAGUGCCCCUGGUCUGCUUUUCCAUGCUCUGGGGGUCACUGGGCUUCAGGGCCCUCGCCACAGAGGGACUUGUAUGUCAGAAGUCACUCUGAGGGCAGUUCUGUUAUCACUUUUGGAUCUCUUUGCAGCAGGGGACUCAGGGCUGCUCUGCAGGGACGUGUAGGUACCUUUCUCUUCCUGCUGAGUACAGGCUCUGUGCUGGGGGUCCCUGCUGUGGAGUCCCCCGUACAAGGGAGCCAUGCUCAGUGCAGGCGGAAGCUGGUUUGUGGGGGAGUGGCCCAAGCCCCCUCAUCCUCCUGAGCUCUAGCCUGGGUGCCGUGGCUUAGAGUAACGCAGCCACUGCCCAGUUCCAGGGGCCCCAUGAAACCCGCAGUGGCCAUCAGCUGGUGGAACAGUGGCUUCCCUCCCAGCUCUCCUGGGUGAGGGGUCUUCCGGGCCCCCUCAGAGAUCUUCCCUUUGUCUCUCCAUGAUCGGGUGAGUCAGAGCUGAGCGUUUUAUCUCCUCUCCAAAGUAGAGAGAAAGUCGCCCACAGUGGGCGUGCCUGUAAAUAUUGUGACAGUAUUUUUUUACUGUGCUGUUUUUUGAAAGGGGGUGGGUAAAAAGUAAGGGUGUUUUUGUUUUUUGUUUUUGGGGGGAGGGGGGAGUUCUUAUUUUAUCUUUUCUGUGGACCAGAAAAAGCAGAAGCCAAACUUGGGAUCAUCUCUGUUGUAAAAGCUCAAACGAGAAUGUCUGACACUCCACGUAUUUAUGCGUUCCAGUAUCUGGAAUCUCCCAUCCCUGCCCUCCCCCUACCUGGCAGUCAUGUCCCGCCAGGCCCAGCCUGGCUCACCUCUCCUGUGGGGGUGUGUUUUGUGUCCUGUUUUUCUCUUUGCAAAGACAUAGCUAGGAAAGUAAAUGAUAAGGGAGAAAUUCUCAGGGAAUUGAAGUGUUGUUGCUAUGGUGACAUCCUUUUGCUGUGAAUAAAGGUGCUCUUUGCGGCAA